UGAUACACAGUAGCAACCUCAUCAUCAGCCACAAGCUUGUUCACCAGCCAGCCAGCUUCUUCACCCAAUCUCUCGCUCGCUCGCCGCCGGUGGUUAUCAUGGAGGAGGCCCUCAUGAUCUCGCCGGAGCUCCGGGACAUGCUGGCCAAGGUGGCCGCGUUCCUGCUCGUCCAGGGGCUGGUCUACCUCAUCCUCACCAAGUCCUCCGGCGUCUUCUCCAAGGACAAGAUACUCAGGUCCCUCAGCUUCCGGACCAUGCGCUCCAUGAGCGUGCGCCGCCUCCUCGCGCCGUUCUCCGACGUCCCCGUCGGCACCAACGACCUGGGCUCCGCGCCGCCGCCUUCACCGUCUUACUUUUCGAGGUCCUGGUCGUCGCUCCGCGGGGGUAACCGCGAGGACUAGGAUAGGAUGUGCCUGGAUUGGCGGGGGUCUUCUCACCGGAUGAGUAGUUCUGAACUGUCAUGGGUUUGCCGCUAUUUGUGGUUUGAGAUUUCAGAAUGGUGUCUGAACUCUCGCGUAAUUAGAGUAGGUUGGUCUUGUAAAUAUGUUCAUUCGGUAUUUGAGUUGAAUUGGGAGGAUGGAUUAUUUGCUU